GUGGCCGGCACUCUGUUCGUGUAGAGCGGGAGGAGAGGAGCUGGGCACCCGGAGCUGUGCUCCCCCGGGCUCUGGAGCUAUAAGAGCAGCAGGUCGUUGCCACCUUGGUCAAGGAGACCGGUGCCCGGAUUUACAGCGCUGAGCCCAGCGGAGCAAAGUAUGCAACCGGAGGAUGCCUGAGGCUGGAGGGGGCUGCAGGCUAUCCCCGUGCAAAGGGAUACUAGUGGGAAUGAUCACCGUGUGGUGCACCCUCUGCUUUUCCCUGGUGACGGUGAGCGGGGUGCCAGCUGCCAGGCUUCCAGUUGCACAGUCAGAAGAGGACAAGCCGGAGAUAAAACCAGCAGACUACCUCAUCGAAGAAUCGGGCCCUCUUGAUGAACUAAUGUUUGGUGUUGGAGAGACUAUUGAGUUGUCAUGCAGCGUGGAGAGCCCUUCCAUGUCUAUCUUAUGGUUAAAAGAUGGGAUUGCAGUUAGGGAAAACAACCGAACACACGCAAGACAGAACCUGCUGAAGAUCACAAAUGUCUCCUAUGAUGAUUCGGGGAUUUAUAGUUGCACUUUGUUGCGCUCUACUGAGAUUUUGCGGAACUUUACUAUCAGAGUAGCUGACAUGCCGUCAUCUGGCGAUGAUGAUGAAGAUGAUGAUGAAGAAGCCGAGGAAAGAGAACCUCCGUCCUGGACCCAACCGGACAAAAUGGAGAAGACUCUUUUCGCAGUUCCAGCUGCUAGUACUGUCCGAUUUAGAUGCGCCGCCGCUGGUAAACCCCAACCUACUAUCUACUGGCUGAAAAAUGGUAAAGAAUUCAGAGGGGAACAUCGCAUAGGAGGAAUCAAGCUUCGCCACCAGCAGUGGAGCUUGGUCAUGGAGAGUGUGGUUCCAUCUGAUAAAGGCAACUACACUUGUGUGGUGGAGAAUAAGUUUGGAACCAUCCGACAGACCUUUCAGUUGGAUGUGCUAGAGCGAUCUUCUCACCGACCCAUACUCCAGGCAGGGUUACCUGCCAACAAGACAGUUGUAGUUGGGAGCGAUGUGGAAUUUCACUGCAAGGUGUACAGUGAUGCUCAGCCUCACAUACAGUGGCUAAAGCAUGUGGAAAUUAAUGGGAGUAAAUAUGGACAGGAUGGAGAUCCUUAUGUCUCAAUUUUGAAGACAUGGAUAAGCAAUAAUUCAGAAGCUGAUGAUGUCUUAAAUCUAUACAAUGUGACAUCAAAAGAUGAAGGAGAAUAUAUAUGUAGAGCCAACAACUUCAUCGGCAUAGCCGAAGCUGCAUUUUGGCUCAACAUUUACGAUCCAACAGCAGAACCAGUUGUCAAAGUAGAAGCCACUGCCUCCAACUCUGCCAGUGUCCUAAUUGUGGUGACUGCAACCAUUGUGUUCUUCUUGGUGGUCAUUAUCAUCAUAGUCACCUACCGGAUGAAGAACACUUCCAAGAAAGCAAUGAACACUCCAACAGUGCAAAAGGUCUCAAAAUUUCCACUGAAACGACAGGUAACAGUGUCUCUGGAGUCCAACUCUUCCAUGAAUUCCAACACCCCACUGGUGAGAAUUACCCAUUUGUCCUCCACUGACGGCACGAUGUUGGCCAAUGUUUCUGAACUUGGGUUGCCGACUGACCCUAAAUGGGAAUUGUCCAGAUCUAGGUUGACUCUGGGAAAACCAUUGGGUGAAGGAUGCUUUGGUCAAGUUGUCAUGGCUGAAGCUAUUGGUAUAGAUAAGGAUAAGCCCAACAAAGCCAUAACCGUAGCUGUGAAAAUGUUGAAAGAUGAUGCCACUGAUAAGGACCUCUCGGAUCUGGUGUCUGAAAUGGAAAUGAUGAAGAUGAUUGGAAAGCAUAAAAAUAUCAUCAACCUCCUGGGUGCCUGCACACAAGAUGGUCCUCUCUACGUCUUGGUGGAAUAUGCAUCCAAAGGGAAUCUAAGGGAGUAUUUAAGGGCUCGCCGUCCUCCCGGGAUGGACUACUCAUUUGAUACAUGCAAGAUUCCAGCUGAGCAGCUCACUUUCAAGGAUUUGGUCUCCUGUGCUUACCAGGUCGCCCGUGGCAUGGAGUACCUAGCAUCUCAAAAAUGUAUUCACCGAGACCUCGCAGCCAGGAAUGUGCUCGUUACCGACGAUAAUGUGAUGAAAAUUGCCGAUUUUGGCUUAGCCAGAGACAUUCACAAUAUAGACUACUACAAGAAGACCACAAAUGGUCGGCUGCCUGUGAAAUGGAUGGCUCCGGAAGCAUUGUUUGACCGUGUCUACACCCACCAGAGCGAUGUAUGGUCAUUCGGAGUGCUUCUCUGGGAGAUCUUUACUUUGGGGGGCUCUCCAUACCCUGGGAUCCCAGUUGAGGAACUCUUUAAGCUCUUAAAAGAAGGCCAUCGAAUGGACAAGCCAGCCAAUUGCACACACGAGCUCUACAUGAUUAUGAGAGAGUGCUGGCAUGCUGUCCCAUCACAAAGACCGACAUUCAAGCAGCUUGUUGAAGACCUUGACCGCGCUCUUACUGUCACAUCUACUGAUGAGUACCUCGACCUCUCUGUGCCAUUUGAACAGUAUUCACCAGCGUGCCAGGAUAGUCACAGCACUUGCUCAUCAGGAGACGACUCAGUCUUUGCACAUGAUAUUCUUCCAGAUGAGGUCUGUCUUCCUAAGCACCAGCAAUAUAACUGCAUCAUCAGAACAUGACUUUUUAAGCCAGACACCCAGGAGGAAUGUAGACUAGUGGCAUACGGACAGAAGUGCCCAGUCGUUACAAGGAAUUUUUUUUCUUUGAGCCGUAUAAAGUACUUGCUGUAUACAAAGUCAUGAAGCACUGUUUGGCCUGAAGGAACUUAUCACGUGCCAAGAUAUAGAGAAGACGAAAAGAGAAAUAUAUUAGAAUUUAUAUAUUUGAAAAGGAGAAUGUUAACACUAGGGAUCCUUGUGCUGUGACCCUCCUAGUGACCGAAGAGGAGCAACCAAUCUGUGCCUGUGAUGCUAGAAGAGAAUCCAGUAAAUCAGAACACACUCCAAACUAAACUGCAUGUUUUAUUUUUUUGUUUUUUUUCAUGGAAUAUGAUGAAUGUUUUUGGGGCACAACUCAAACACUGUUUUGCUUUUGGGUAUCUGAGUAUUAGUACAACUUUUUAAGCGCUCAUGCUUUUUUCUAUGGAUGGAAACAGAGCUCUUACCUAUAAGUCUGCUCAUGCCAAUUAAGGCGGAGUACCCCCCCCCCCCCCUUCAAAUCCUUAUUUUUUUGGUCACACUUGCCACUUUUCAGAACUUCUAUCGCCACCACUAACCCCGAGCACUUGUAGCAGAUCAGAAAGCACGUGCAAAAAUGGCUGAUUUAAUUUAAAACUAAAAAAAGUAAUCAAAAUUGUAGCCUACACGAUUUGCUGUAAAAUCUACAUUUUUAAAUUACAAAUUUAAAAUGUUUCACUUUAGUUAAAAAAAAAUACUGUUCAAAAUGAAUUACCACUGGUAAUUUUUGCUCCUUAAAGGGGUUGGCCCAUCUCACACAUUGGGGGCAUAUCACUAUGAUAUGGCACCAAUGUCCCACCUUUCUAGAACGGAGCCAGCAGACCGCGCAUGCACCACCAAUCCUCCUCCAUUCAUUUCUAUGGGAGUGCCAAAAGUAGCCGAGUGGUGUGCUUGGCUAUUUUCAGAAGUCUCAUAGAAAUGCAUGGGAAGUGCACAGCGCAGCCGCCGCUCCGUUCACUUCAGAAAUAGCGCUUGGCUCUUUUUGGCAGUCCCAUAGAAAUGAAUGGAGGAGGAUGGCGGCGCAUGUGCGGUCUGCUGUCCUUCACUUUGCUGGACUCAGUUCUAGAGAUAGGUGGGACAUUGGUGGCAUAUCCUAGCGAAAUGCCACCAAUGUGUGAGGUGGCCCAACCCUUUUAACUAAACCUCCUAUACCCUAAAGCAGAACGACUGAGAAUACCUCAAAAUAGAGUGUAACAAAAUGUAAAUUCCCAUGCAUACGUGAUGUAUAUAAGAAAAACAAAUUGUAUAGAAAAAAAAAAAAACACACACACACAAAAAGUGUUAUCAGUCCCGGAUUCAUAGCAUUGCAAUCUAGAAUGACACUGAUCCAUAACAUAAUUUUAACAUAAUUUUAUUUUAUUAUUGUCAGUUUUGUUUUAAAAAUUAUUUUGUUUGAACCCUGUAUAUUUGUAAAGUUAUUUAUAGACUUUAUUAAUCCGCUUAUCCUAGGCCUAGCUUUCCUGUACACACCAUGCCUCCACCUUUAACUUAUUAACAGUCCAGAUAAUUAUUUUUUCUGCUUUUUUUUUUUUUUUUUAUGUUUAUUCAAAAUUAUCUGGAAAAGAAAAUGUACAAAAUGUAUAGUCUUUUUAGCUGCAUUAUAUGAUUGUAUGUAUAUGUAUAUAUUUGCUGUUUGGUAGAAGAGGACAGCGCAGCAGAGAGAGAUUAUUUACAACGGCUUUCAAAAAAAAAUACUCUAAUUUAUAUUUAUCUAAUUUUUGUCUUCAUUUACAGUGUGAAACCAUGGUCAUGAUUUUUUUUAGGUUUUUUAGUGUUUAUUUUUUGUAAUUAUCAAAGUGGGAGUGAUUGCUGGUCAAUAGAAAGUUCUAAUAAUAAGCGAUUGCAUGGAAUAUUCCUGCUGACUGUUGCUUUGGAUAUUCGUGUGAUUUUUUAUUUUUUUUUCUAUUUUUUUAAUUUUUACAACUGGUAUUGGAGUGCUCAUCAUUAACCUCGAGAAGACACCCUGCAAGGUCGCAUCAAACUUGUUCAUACAGUAUUUAUUUUAUUAUCUUGGACUGCAUUGAAAUAAAUAAAAAAAAGACAGAACUUUACUAUAUUGCAAUAAACAAAUUUUAUAAAUGAUGUACUAAGAUAAUUUGCUUAAAAUGUGUUCUACCUAAGGACGCCCAGCUCUCCUUUCCUACCUUAAAUGUGAAUGUUUUCUGAUGUUCUCACUUAAAACCAGACACUGAUAUUUGUUUUUUUAAAUUAGUUAUUUCUUUUUUGUUUUAUUUAGAUUUUAUUUUAUUUUUUUUAUAAACUUUCUUCUUGGAAUAUAAUAUUUUUUAUUUUAUUUUGUGUUUUUUUUACUAUAUGCACACAAGAAAUGUAGCUUUACGUACAAUCUCUAAAAUCAGUCCACAGCCUAUCUGUGAUUCCAGGAUAAAUAUAUAUAUUUUUAAUGCCACAUCAGCUUGCCAAAUUAGAAUGCACCGAAGAGAUUCUGGAUGGACUAUUAUUGCACCUUUUCAUGGGCCUUUUUAAUAAUUCUGAAUUCUACAUGCGUUGCAGGCAAAUAUUGUAGAUGGAGCCGUGUUUUAGUUACAAUUCGAGUGCCUUUUUUAUUUUAUUUUUCUUCAUAUUUUCUUACAACUGUCUGCUGUGUGUACAUUCCAGAUAUUGAACGUGUCCACCCCCCCCCCAGUAAUGGAAUAAGAAUAUG